GGUUGGACCUGGAUUUUAGUACCGGGUUGACUGGUGGGAGUUUGGUUGAAAUAACGAAAAGUACGUGUGUGCAAGAAUGUCUCUCGUAUGUGCAAUUUCAAACGAAUUACCGGAGCAUCCAGUUAUUUCUCCUGUAUCUGGAGCUGUCUUUGAAAGACGUCUGGUGGAAAAAUACAUAGUUGAAACUGGACAAGAUCCUGUAAAUGGACAGGAAUUGACUAUUGAACAGCUUAUUGAUAUAAAGACUGCUCCUGUCAAUAGACCAAAAGCACCAAGUGUAACUUCCAUACCUGCAGUUUUGAAAAUUUUGCAAGAUGAGUGGGAUGCAGUUAUGUUACAUUCUUUUACUUUGAGACAGCAAUUACAAACGGCAAGACAAGAGCUUUCUCACGUUCUAUAUCAAUUUGAUUCAGCAUGCAGAGUUAUAGGACGCUUAACCAAAGAGGUAACAGCUGCUAGAGAGGCCUUAGCUACAUUGAAGCCGCAAGCUGGUAUUGCACAAGCUGCUACUCCACAACCUGCUAUUGCAGCAGAAGCUGGAGGGGUAGCAUUACAGCCAAGUGAUGUGUGUGGUAUUACAGAUGACGUAAUUCAAAAACUCCAAGAUAAAGCGACAGUACUCACACAGGAACGCAAGAGAAGAGGACGUUCUGUACCAGAAGAUCUUAUAACUCAAGAUAAUAUUCGUGCAUUCCAAACAUUUGCAUCUCAUCAUGGUCUUCACUCUGCAAGUGUACCUGGAAUAUUAGCUAUUGACAUUCAUGCAGCUGAUACAAGUAAAAUAUUAACAGGUGGAGCAGAUAAAACUGCAACAGUAUUCAACAAAGAUAAUGAACAAGUUAUUGCUUCUCUAAAAGGACACACCAAGAAGGUUACAAAAGUGGUAUAUCAUCCAGAAGAGGAUGUUGUUAUGACAGCAUCACCUGACACAACUAUUCGAGUAUGGAAUGUUAGCACAUGUCAAACUACACUUUUAUUGAAAGCACACGAUGCAUCAGUUACUGGUCUUUCAUUACACCCUACUGGUGACUAUUUAUUAAGUUCAUCUUUGGAUCAGUAUUGGGCUUUCUCUGACAUUCGAACAGGCAGAUUAUUGACAAAAGUUGGAGGUCAAGGUAAUCAACCACUCACUGCUGCUCAGUUUCAUCCUGAUGGUUUGAUCUUUGGAACUGGUACAGAAGACUCACAAAUAAAAAUUUGGGAUUUGAAAGAGCAAUCUAAUGUUGCCAAUUUCCCAGGACACUCUGGUCCCAUAAGUGCAAUAAGUUUCUCAGAAAAUGGUUAUUACCUAGCAACAGCAGCUGAGGAUUCAUGUGUAAAACUAUGGGAUUUGAGAAAAUUGAAGAAUUUCAAAACAUUACAAUUAGAAGACAAUUACGAGGUCAAAGAUUUGUGCUUUGAUCAGAGUGGUACCUACUUGGCUGUUGCUGGUAGUGACGUCAGGAUUUAUUUAUGCAAACUAUGGAGUGAACUCAAAGUAUUAAAUGACCACACAGCUUUAGCUACAGGUGUCAGGUUUGGCAAAAAUGCUCACUAUAUAGCUUCCACAAGCAUGGAUCGAACUUUGAAGUUGUAUGGAUCUCUUUAAAAUAAUGUAACUGUAUUGUAAAAUUUAUUUUAAUCAAAUGAGCAUAAGAAAAGUUAUGAAUGUAACAAUUGGUUAGAGUAUAUAAUUUUCUACAGCCUAUUAUAGUAUGCGUGUGUUAUGAAUUUUAUAAAAAAUGUAUGUAAUUCCUUCUUGAAUCAAUUUAACAUACAUACUUGUGUACAAAAAAACAAUAAACAUGUAAAAGUUUAUAAAA